AUGACGGACGAUUUGGAUGCGGAGCUUCUGGCUCUGGCCGGUGAUUCUGAGGAAGAACACUCACCUCCUCCUCAAAAAGAUGAUUCCCCAGAGCCUUCUCCUUCCCCACGCUCAUCCGACCGCGAUCAAUCACCUGAAACAAUGGGGCGCAAAGGAACCGCAAAGUCCUCCCGCCGCGGGAAGAAACCUCCAAGAGACGAAGAGGACGGUGAAGUGUCCGAAGCGGAGUCCCACGACUCCCUCCAAUCUGCACCCAUGUCCGAGUCCGACUCUGAAGCUGGCGAGGCCAGCGACGAUGAGGAUCGACCCAUCUUUCCGUACGAUAAGCUUUACUACUCUGCAAAGGAGAAGCAAGAAAUUAUGGCCAUGCCCGAAAUCCAACGUGAGGAAUUGCUAUCAGAACGUGCUCAGCAAGUCGACCGCCACAACCAAGAUCUGGCUCUGCGCCGUCUUCUAGCCUCUCGCGAGCGCGAAGAAGCGCGUGCCGCCGCCAAACAGGCGAAGCGCAAGGCGGGCUCCGCCGGCCUCGAUGAUACCCAGCGCAAGAGUUCCCGACAGAAGACCACCCUGGGCGGCCGCAAAGUUGGAGAAACCUCUGAUGCCAUCGAGGCUUACAAGCGCCAGCGUGAGCAGAAGGGGAAGCGCGAUGAACUCCGCCGCCGAGACCCUACGCAGUCGCGCCGUCGCUCCCGUUCUCGCGGCUCUGAUGUCUCUGACGAAGAUGGCGAGCUUGAGAGUGACCUCGAGGAUCGCCGCUCACCUUCAAUUCCUAAGGAUGAUCCCCCUGCCGAGCUCCGUGACAUUCAGCGUGCUCGCGUCGGCCGCAGCAACUUCGCUCAGGUCUGCUUCUACCCCGGAUUCGAGGAUGCCAUUACUGGCUGCUAUGCUCGUGUCAACAUCGGCCCUAACCACGAGACUGGCCUGAACGAGUACCGCCUUUGCUUGAUCCAGGGCUUCAACACGGGAAAGUCUUACGCGAUGGAGGCUAAGAAUGGCCGUCCGUUCAUUACCGACCAGUAUGCCAAGCUGGCCCAUGGCAAGGCUGUGCGAGACUUCCCAUUCAUUGCUUGCUCCGACUCUUCGUUCACCGAGGCCGAAUACAACCGUUACCGCAAGACUUUGGCAGUCGAGGAUUGCAAGAUGGCUACGCAGAGCAAGCUGGCCUCCAAGGUCGCAGACAUCAACCGUCUCAUUAACCACGUGUUCACCCCCGAGGAGAUGAGCCGCAAGUUGCGCAGACAAGGUGUUCUGGACGAAGAUACGAAUAUCCUCCGACGUGCUGAUCUCGAGCGCGACAUCAAGCUUGCUCGCGCCAGCAGUGACGAGGAGAAAGCUGAGAAGCUCCAAAAGGAGCUGGAUGAAAUUGUGAACCCCAAGCUUUCCUGGGGCACAUCCCUGAUCAAGCCACAGUCAGGCUCUGAGAAGAAGCUCUCCGAAGCCGAACGUGUCCACCAGAUCAACCUCCGGAACCAAAAGCUGAACUACGAGAACGUGCGCCGUGCUCAGCUCGAGGAGCGAAAGGCUGCUCGCAAGAGUGCCGCUGCCGUGGCUCGCGGAGAGGCCGCCCCGGAUCCCUUCAUGCGCGUUCGCACUGUUGCUAAAACACACCACGACCUUUCCGACAAGCCCAAGGAUGCCGCGACUGACGGCACACCCACUGAUACCCCCAAGGAGUCGCCCAAGGUUAACAGUGAUAGCCCCGCGCGUGCGGUCGCUGCCACUGGUGUCACACCCAAGAAGCCCAAGAGCGGUUUCAUGAUCAGCUACCGUAACACGGAUGAUGAGAAUAUUGCCGCCUUGGAUAUGGACAUCGAUAUCGAGAUCUAG